GUGCGGGCUACAGGAACGGAUGUUGUCCGUAUUAUUGUUGCUCCGUGUCCUGCAACAGCUUUUUAAAAGCAAUUAUAACCUCAGUACCUGAAAUGCAGAUCUGUUGUAGCGCUUAAAGCAGAAUAACAAUGACCACAAACUUCACAAUCUGUACCUUUUGGGUGGAGACGUUUUCUUGUGCGUGUGUGCAUGUUGCUAACUAUGUAGCUAAAUCAAGCUAACUGCUAGAACUUACCGGAAAUGUUACCGGAAAUGAGCUUUGUUUCCCUUCAAAUUAAAAUGUGCCAUAGGCAUAUUAAAGAGGAAGCUUUUGUUUUGAAAUUCCAAAGACGACUUGGCGAAGCUACAUCAUUUUAAUGUCUGCUAUUUGACCUUUGUGUAACUACAGUAGUUGCACUAUUUUUUUGCUACGUUUUAAAUUUCUGGAUAUGUACGUUUACAUGUAGCUCCAAGAUAUUUGGUUGUAGUUUUUACUUUAGCAGGUCUAAAGGCGCGCGCGGAUUUAUAUGAGGACUUCGAAAAGUGUGUUGUCGUUAAGUUAGGCCUCCUCGAGUUAUUUCCAUCCCUGCCUUCCUUUUUGACAACAAACCCUUUAGCAGAAAAUGUCACUAGAUGACUAUGAGAGACAUUUCGACUCGCUGAAUUCGGAUUUGGGCGGCGGGGCUGUUAGCGAGCGAUCAGGUUCAGGCACGUUUAAUGGCGAAGAGGAGAGACUGCAUUACAUUCCUAUCCGGAUCCUCGGGAGAGGGGCUUUUGGUGAAGCAACUCUUUACAGGAGAACAGAAGACAACUCUCUGGUUGUGUGGAAGGAGGUGGACCUGAACUCGCUCUCAGAAAAGGAACACCGGGAUGUCAUGAACGAAAUAAGCAUCCUCUCCAUGCUGGAGCACAACAACAUCAUAGCCUACUUCAAUCACUUCAUGGAUAAAAACACUCUGCUCAUUGAGUUGGAGUAUUGUAAUGGAGGAAAUCUGUACGAUAAAAUUGUUCAGCAGAGGGGGCAGCUUUUCCCGCAGGAGACUGUUAUUUGGUAUCUGUAUCAAGUCUCCUCAGCAGUGGCCUAUAUUCACAAGGCUGGGGUCAUACACAGAGAUAUCAAAACUAUGAACAUUUUUCUGACCAAGACCAACCUCAUUAAGCUGGGCGACUAUGGCCUCGCUAAAAAGCUAGGCUCUGAGUUUUCAAUGGCAGAGACUUGUGUUGGAACUCCAUAUUACAUGUCGCCAGAACUGUGUCAGGGUGACAAGUACAACUUCAAAUCAGACAUUUGGGCCGUGGGUUGUGUGCUUUAUGAGGUCCUAGUGCUUAAAAGAGCUUUUGAUGCAACGAAUCGUCUAAACCUCUGUGUGAAAAUAGUCCAAGGAAACUGGACUAUGGAUAUGAACUCGGAUCUUUACUCAAGUGGAUUGAUUAAGUUGGUGUCUGAUUGUCUUAAUCAAGAUCCUGCAAAGAGGCCGACUGCUGAGGAGAUUCUGGAUCAGCCUUUCAUCUCCAGCUGCCGACAGGAACUUGAGGAGCAAGUCGUCAUGCUUAAUUUAGCGAUGAAGAAACCAAAGCUGAGCACGGCGACCGAGACACCUGUCGCUGUGGUGACUACACGUUCGAGGGAGGUGUAUUUUUGGGGAGGAGGAAAGUUUACCCCCCAGAAGCUUGACUCGUUCAAAGGAGGCAGCAGCGCUCAGCAUGUUUGCGCAGGAGAGAGUCACUUUGCAGUGGUGACGGUGGAAAAGGAGCUCUUUACCUGGGCUAAUGUGCAAGGUGGGACCAAGAUGGUGGGUCAGCUGGGGCACGGGGACCAGGCCUCGUACCGGCAGCCGAAGAGGGUGGAGAAGCUUCAGGGGAAGGCGAUCCGACAGGUGGCGUGUGGGGCCGACUUCACUGCCUGCGUAACUGAUGAAGACCAGCUCUAUAUGUUUGGGUCAGACUAUUACGGCUGCAUCGGAGUUGAGGGCGAGAUGGGCACGGAGGUUUUGGAGCCAGUGUAUCUGGAGUUUUUUGAGGAGAGGCGCGUCCACCAGGUUUCCUGCGGAGACAACCACGUUGUGGUUCUCACUCAGGAUGGCAGCAUUUAUUCGUGGGGCUGUGGAGAGUAUGGACGUCUUGGCUUAGAGUGUGAGGAUGACUUCUCUUCUCCAAUGCAAGUGGAAAUUCCUAGAGGUGCCGCCAUCUCCUCCGUGUCGUGCGGCUGUGACGGGACCUUCUUUCUGACAGAGACGGGCAAAGUCUUAGCCUGUGGAAACAACGAAUUCAACAAGCUGGGGUUGAACCAGGGAUAUUCUGGCAUCAAAAACCAUCCUGGAGAGGGUUACCAGGGAAUACCAUACAUCACCACACUGACCUUAGUGAAACAACUAUCGCGCUUCAAGAUCCAAGUCAUCGCUACGGGGAAAACUCACACAGCUGCUAUUGAUGAACGAGGUCGUCUGAUCACCUUUGGUUGCAACAAGUAUGGGCAGCUGGGUGUGAAAGACUUCAAGAGGCACCAAGGUGUUCAAGUUCUUGUUGGACCUUUAGGAGGGAAGAUGGUGACCAAAGUGUCUUGUGGAGAUGGAUUCACCAUUGCAGCCACUGAGGACAAUCACAUCUUUGCAUGGGGAAAUGCAGGAAAUGGAAGRCUUGGAAUGCCUGCAGAUAAAAGAUUUGGUUCAGAGGUUUGCCCUGCCAUGCCCAGACCCAUAUUUGGUUCCCUUCACCAUGUACCUGACCUCUCUUGUCGUGGCUGGCACACCAUUAUCAUUAUGGAAAAAGUGCUCAAUUCAAAAACCAUCCGCUCAAACAGCAGUGGACUAUCAGUYGGUCUUGGCCAGGAGGUGUCUACAUCCACUGUGGAACUGAACAUAGAGCCUGGGCCAGAGACAGACUCACGCAACGGGAGUCUUGGGGGUACGCGGGAGAUCAACACAGGGGAGGGGGUCAUAGAGACCUCGAUGAUGUCAUUUGGAAAUCAGACCGGGGACAGUUCGUGUCCUCUGUGGCUUAAAAAGGAGCUGGAGGACGCAGAGUUCAUCCCGAUGCCGGCGGAGUCCGAGCUGCCCGUUCUUGAUCCGCUCUCCUCCGUCUCCGAGACGGACACUCGGCCGUACGAGGAGCUGAAGGAGCUCAAGGCGGCGGCUGAAGCAGUCAGCAGUCAGAAGGGACUAUCACAAACUAGGCAGAUGGGCUUUGAGAAAGUCCGUGGGUUGGAYGACGAUGACGUCUUUAGAAAAGAAGGAUCCGGUGCAUGCUGCGGUGCAAGUACUGAAGUGGCUCAGCUGAGAGAAAUGGUUGCCCAUCAAGAGAUGAGGAUCAAGAUGCUUGAAAAGCAGGUCAGUGAGCAGCAGCAGGAGAACGAACGGCUCUGGGCAGCGAUUAAUCGUUCGACACAGCAAGAGUCAGGAUUGGACAGCAACAGAAACCCUCAGUCCAUGCCGAGCAGCGGAGGAGGUGAAAGGAGACUGACGAAUCACGGAGGCAGAUCUGCCGGAGCCAGUGCGUGAGAUUAAAACGUGGAGAUUUCCUGCUAAGCUCUGUGGUUAUUUGCCCAUGCAUAUGCGAUAUGCAUCACCGCCUAGCUAGCUCCUGCCGACUGAAACAGUGGCUGGGUUGAACACGAAUCACUGGACUUUAAAGUCUGGGGGAGGCAAUCUGACCAGUGWUGAGCAGCAGUGUAAGCGUCGACUUUUAGGGGUUUCAGUAUCAACUCUUCAGCUCCUAAUGUCUCAGAUGUUAGUAUUUAUCACACAGUAGUCAAGACAAGCUCGUGCAAACAGGAGGCUGCUUCCUGAUGUAUCCCUGAUGAUGAGAUGUGAGGCGAGCAGCCGACAUGUUUGCAACAGAAAUGUGAACACAUCGCUUUUCUAUAAAUCACCUUUGUUUAUUGAAAGGUUUUGAUAAAAUUUCGUGAGAUCCGAAUACGGCCUCUUCAGAUUAUAUUUAUCAAACAUAUUUGCUCUCCAGUAAUUUUAUGCAAAUAAAUAUAUAUAUUUUCCCA